AUGACAUCACUUACACCAAAACCAUCUCAAAUUGAAUCAUGGGAUCGUUUACCAUCCGAUUGGCAUAAUGAUGAACGUAUGGACGCAUUAUUUGCUUUUUUUAAAGAUCGUGAUUUAAAUCCUGUUCAUUAUGAUGCUAAAAUGAAAUUUUGGAGUGAAACAAUAAUAAAUUAUUGUGAAGAUCAUGGUCUUUUACAAAUUGAUAUUCCAACAAUUGUUUCACGUUUCCGUCGUAAAGGAAAAACUUCAAAAUGUCUUGAUAAAAUAUUUGAAGAAUUAAUAAAACAAAAUCGUCUUAUAUCAACAAGUGAUUAUACAUAUUCACAACAAUCAUCAUGGGUAUCAUGGACAUUUAAUAAAUUAGCAAGUCCACUUACAAGUUGGAUGUCAACUAAAACACCAAUUGAUCAAGAAGUUUUUAUUAUUAAAGAACUUGUUGAUAAAAAAGCUCAGCAAGUUAUUGAAACAUUGCAAUCAAAUGUUUAUGUUCCAACAUUUGAUUGUGUUAUUUCAUUUAGUUCAUUUAUUGAUAUAUGUCGUCGAUGUGCAUUAUUUGAUGAAAAUUCAAUUAAUUUAAUUAUAUCAGCAUUAAUAAGAGAUAAAAAAAUUUUAAUUGAUUAUAUUGGAGAUACAAAAAAUGUUAAAGUUGUUAAAUUUGUUGCACCUGGAACAUCUAACGUUCGACCAAUAACUGAAAUAGAAAAUAGUGUUCUUUUAUUACGUCAUUCAAAAGAACGUUUAGAAGAACAAUUAAAAAAAUCUGAUCAACAAAUUGAAGGAUUACUUACGGAUAUUCGUCGUCAUUUAAAAAAUAGUAAUCGCACAGCAGCUAUGAAAUUAUUACGUAAGAAAAAGAUACUUGAACGUGAACAUGACAAAAAAGAGAGUACUGUUGAACAUCUUAAUACUGUUUUAACACAAAUUGAACAAACAGAUUGUUCAUCAUUGGUGAUUAAUGCUUAUUCAUCAGGUGUUCAAGCUCAUAAAGAAUUAUUACGUAAAAAUGGUCUUACACCAGAUGCAGUUGAAGACAUGAUCGAUGAAGUACAUGAUAUGCUCGAUACACAAAAUGAAUUAGAUGAAGCACUUAGUCGACCAGUUGUUAAUGAUACAACUGACAUGACAGAAUUAGAAACUGAACUUGAAGAAUUAUUAAAUCAACCAAUACCACCAACAGUAACAACUCCUGUUCCAAGUAAUAAAGAAAUAAUUACUACAUCUAUAACUGAUGAAGCUAUAAAAACACCUGAACAAGAUCCAUUUGCUGAUCUUGAAUUACGUCUUCAAAAAUUAGGUGUUCAAGAAUCGACACCACAUAAAGUAGCUGACAUAGCAUCAUCAAGUCAUUAA